UUGGUUAUGUGACGUAUAUUGUCAUUUAGGUUCACAUCUGAUUUUUUAUUUGUUUUUUCCUUGUUUUUAGGACUUUGGAUUUUUUCCAUUAGUCCUGUAUUUAUCAAAUUUGAAACAAUAAUUUAAAUAACUCUGAAAAAAUAUCAAGUGAUUAGUGUGUAUUAAUACGAAACAAACUAUAAUGAAUGCAAACAUGGAUUACAAUGACGCAGAUACAAUUAGUAUAAAUACAUUAAUGCUGGAAAACAUGCUUAGAGAUGAUAGGAUAAAGGAGAUGACAAAAUUAAAAACACUUGCUAAAACUGUAUGCAACCUCCACACGAAUAUACUGUACUAUAGAAAUGCAUCAACCAAGAGAGGAGCUGUGUGUUAUGAAGCAUGGAAAAGCCUUAUUAAAACUAUUGGUGGUUCACCUAAUACUUGGAGAGAGCUAGGAUAUGCUCUUGGUGUUUCGCCGAGUGAUCUUAAUUAUAUUGAGAACUCUGUAAAAGAGGAUGCACCAGCUGACAUAGUAAUAAAAGUUUACAUGCAAAAUGAAUCAGCAACAUUAGACAAAAUAGUUGAAGCUUUAGAAAAAAUGAAAAGGUAUGAUGUACUAAAAGCUAUUGAAGAACCGUUUUGCAACAUGAGCCAAUAUUUCAACAAAAAAGAUGAUAGCGGUUACCAAAGCGAAAGUAAACCACCGGGGACUGGAAAUAAAAUAAUCUAUUCGGCUAAUGAAAUAGUCAAUGAUUUGCCUGCAGCUUUAAAUAAAAACUAUGUUAUAAAAGAUAAGGAGCCAAAACCAAAUCAACCUACACAACCAUUAAGACAACCACUUGCUGAAUUUGAUGAAGUCGAGGAUGAUGGUCCACUUUUAUUUUUGACAUACACGGAAGAUGGUCUAGACACUGCUAUAAACAUUCAACAUUAUAUCAAUGACUGGGAAGGUCAAAAAGUCACAGUUUUAACUCUGUGUAACAGGAAGGACCAAGUAUAUCAAAAUCCAGAAAAGUUUAUUAGGAAAUAUUUUGAAAAGGCAGACUUCAUUGUACCUAUAAUAACCACAGGGUACCUGAAAAGUAUAAACCCCCUUUCGCCUCAUGUACCAAGUACAAAUGAUAAUCUAGACUACAAAUAUGUAAAUUUUAUCUACAAUUUGAUAAUCAAUCACUACAUACAUGCUACUGGAUGUUUGAACAAUAAAGUAAGAAGUGUACUGCCGUUUGGUGUUAACAUCAAUGUGCUAAAGGAAAUCAAUAUGUAUCCAGAUUUACUGCCAUUUACAUAUGAAUCUAAUUUCAAUGAACAUUUUAAGGCAUUUCUAAAGAAACACUCAGUUAAAUAGCAAAAUUCUGCCUUAUGGUGCACAACCUGGUACAUUGACUUUACCUUUGAAUUUUGAAAAAUGAAUUUUACAAAUGAAUAUUGAAUGAGUUAAGAACCUAUUAAAUAUGUAUGUGGUUUAAAAGCUCACAAUAAAUUUUAGAGGAGGUAUUUUCGGACUUCAUACCUACUGCUAUACUAACUGUAAUAUAUUUACAUACUGCAUCAGAGAUGGAAAGUCUGACUAGCCGAUUUAUUACUACAGAAAUUGUUUUAUUUUAAAACUUAGUAUAGCAAAAAGUUGUGUGAGAUUUGUGUUAAUCUGUCACUACAAUUUCCGUUUGCUUUGACACGCUCAUAAUACUGCCUUGUAAUUUAAUCACUAAUAUAGCACACUAGUACCAUGAUGUACUUACUAUAAGAAGACUCUGGGAGCAUAUAUUACAUUAUGCUCUCGUUGUUACUCAAUAUUUUAAAUUAAAUGAAUAAUUAAUUUCCAUAGGUUCAUAUUUUAAAAUUCAAAUCGCAUCAAAACUUAUGGUUAUACAUUUUCCAGUACAUAACAACCUUGGCUAAGCUUUUUAAAUUAAAUGACGAACUUUAACCUUUAGAUAUAUGGCUAUGUAAUACUAAAAAGGCAUUGUCGAGUGCUGUGAAAAUAACUAAGGUAUUUAAUAUAAUAUUUUUAUACCUCCCAAUAUAAAUUUGAUUCACUAAAAUUGGAAGAAAAUAUAUAUUUUGAUUUAAA